CCGGGCGCCCUUUACCAACAUGGCUGCCGACGCCAGGCCCUCUGGGAUUCGUAGUCCGGUCCUCGCGUGUCUCACCUAAGAGAGGCGAGCCCUGGGCUUUGCGCAAAAGCGUGUGAGUACGGCCGCGAUGGCUGCUGGGAGUUGUAGUUCUCUGCCCUCUCCCUGCCCCUCCUGUUUCCGGUGCCGUCACGGGACAGAGCAGUCGGUGACAGCCCCGAGGGCCCCCGCCCCGCGCCCAUGGCCGAGCCGGACCGACUCCGAUUCAGACACUGAGGAAGGAGCAGCCGGCGGAGAAGCAGAGAGUGAGUUGGACUUCCUGCGGAAUUUCUUCUCCCAGACUCUUGGACUGGGCACCCAGAAGGAACGUCUGCUGGAUGAGCUAACCUUGGAGGGUGUGGGCCGAUACAUGCAGAGCGAGCGCUGUCGAAGAGUCAUCUGUCUGGUGGGAGCUGGAAUCUCCACUUCUGCGGGCAUCCCCGACUUCCGCUCUCCAUCCACGGGACUCUAUGCUAACCUGGAAAAGUACCGCCUCCCCUACCCAGAGGCCAUCUUCGAGAUCGGCUACUUCAAGAAACAUCCAGAACCCUUCUUCGCCCUCGCCAAGGAGCUCUAUCCUGAGCAGUUCAAGCCAACCAUCUGUCACUACUUCAUCCGCCUGUUGAAGGAGAAAGGACUACUGCUGCGUUGUUACACACAGAACAUCGACACGCUGGAGCGAGUGGCGGGGCUGGGGCCCGAGGACCUGGUGGGGGCCCCCGGCACCUUCCACACAUCGCACUGCAUCAGUCCCUUCUGCCGGCAUGAGUACACGCUUGGCUGGAUGAAAGAGAAGAUCUUCACCCAGGUGAUCCCCAAGUGUGAGAAAUGCCAGAGCUUGGUCAAGCCAGACAUCAUCUUUUUUGGCGAGAGCCUCCCAGCCCGGUUCUUCUCCUGCAUGCAGUCAGACUUCCUGAAGGCGGACCUCCUCAUCAUCAUGGGCACCUCCCUGCAGGUGCAGCCCUUUGCGUCCCUCAUCAGCAAGGCACCCCUCUCCACCCCACGCCUGCUCAUCAACAAGGAGAAGACGGGCCAGACGGACCCUUUCCUGGGAAUGAUGAUGGGCCUUGGAGGAGGCAUGGACUUUGACUCCAAGAAGGCCUACCGGGACGUGGCCUGGCUGGGUGACUGUGACCAGGGCUGCCUGACCCUUGCUGACCUCCUCGGAUGGAAGAAGGAGCUGGAGGACCUUGUCCGGAGGGAGCAUGCCAGCAUAGAUGCCCAGUCGGGGUCGGGGGCCCCCAACCCCACCACUGCAACCUCCCCCAGGAAGUCUCCCCCACCUGCCAAGGAGGGGGGUAUGACCACAGAGGGGGAGAAACACCAGUGACCGCCAUGUCUCCCAGUCAGGAUGCUCAGCGCCUCAGGGGUAGCCAAGCCCCAGCAAGCCUGAGCCCCUCUAGCCUGCAGCUCUUGUCCGGGGAGCUCAGAGCAUCCCCCAGUCUCU